CCCCCCAGACACCACGUCACUUGUGACACAAUCCACAGCUUCCUGUGGAAAACAUUCCCAUUCUGGAUGUCAGACAAUCACAGACUGGUUUGGGCUGGAAGGGAAUUUAAAUUUAAAAUUCCAUGGGCAGGGACGCUUUCUCCUAUCCAUGGCAGAGAGCAGAAAAGCUAUCUGCUCCAAGCCCUGUCCAACCUGGCCACUUCAGGGAUAGAGCAGCCACAAAUUCCCUGGAAAACCUGUGCCACGGCCUCCCCACCCUCCCGGGAGAGGAUUCAUUCCCGAUAUCCCAUCUCACGCCGUGUGACAUCCCGCUAUCCCGUGCCGUGCAGGGAUGCGCUGCCCCGCAGCAGCCGGCCCGGAGCCCGCCCCGGCCGCCCCGCCCUGCCCGGCGCUUCCUGCGGGAGGAGGAAGCGGCUCCCGGGCCAUGGAGCUGCCUCCGAGCCACCUCUCGGCCGCCCGCGCCGCCGCCGUGGCCGUGGGGUACCUGCGGUACCUGCGGGGCGGCCCCGGGCGGGGGCUGCAGCUGCGGGAGCUGCGCCGCGCCCGCCGCCAGGACAUUGAUGAUGUGGGGCACAAGUACUACCUGGACCUGGAGCUGGAAGAUGUCCUGGACAAAGACACGACUGUCCACUGCACUGCUGAGGUUCUGUACCACCUGGGCAGCAAAAGCUCUGCUCCAGAUGUGCAGGUCACAGUGCAGGGAGAGCUCAGGAGCACCGAGGGAGCAGACAAGGAAUUCUACAGUCGGAUCAGGAGCCUGGAAAAGGAGCUGGUGGCUGAGAACAUCCCAGACAGCCAUGGGAACGUUCCCCCAGAGCUGGAGCCCAUCCACCUGCUGGCCUGGGUGGCCUCUGGCUACGUGAUCUGGCAGAAUUCCACGGAAAACACCAAGUUCCACCUUGCCCAAGUGAAACACGUGAAGCAAGUGGUGAGUUCCCAGCAGGAACAGAAUCCCAGCCUGGGCUGGGAUGGAGGGACACUAAAGCUCAUCCCAUUCCCCUUCUCAUCCAUUCCCAUCUCAUUCCCAUUCCCUGCAUGGGCAGGGACACCUUCCACAGCCCAGGGUGCUCCAAGCCCAUCAGCCUGGUCUUGGCUUUCCCUGCAAAGUAUUCAUGAGCUAAGCAGUUGUGGCAAGGACAAUAAACUAAAUUAACAGAAUUCCAUAGAUCCUCCCAGUUUUGCUGUGUUCUAUUAGAGAAAAUCGAUUCUGAGUUAAAAAUAACCCUAAAGUGAUCAUCAGCUUUAAAUUCAAUUUUCCACAGGAGCCAGGGAAAAGCAGCAGGAUUUAGUGUUUAGAAAAUGGAAAACUCCAGAAGUUUUACCCCUCUGAACAGACAGUGAAUUCCCAGGAAGUUCUGGGUCUGAAGGAAAGACAGGAAUUCCUUGUGGGAGUAGGAUUUGUGAAUGUUUUGCUCCCUCUGAUGGCAUUUUAGAGAAUUCACAACUGCUGCAGAGCUGUGCACCAGCAAGAGCUUAAAGAUUUUUUCUAACCAACUUAAGGAUAAAGGAGACAAAUAACAAUUAACUAACCCAGCUGCCAUCUCUCCAGUUGUGUCCCUUUUUCCCUGAAAACACAGGAAAAUACAUUUCAAGGGCCAGGGUUUAUUUUGUCACUCAGAAUCCCAGGCUGUCACUCACAGAAAGGCCUCUGGAGUGUCCUUAUCCUCUUGCCAAUUUUAUUUGGGAUUGUUUGGGUUAAACUGGCACCUGCUAGAAUGAGGUGCUCCCAUCCCAAAGAAUUCCUGACAGAUCUGGUCUCUGUAAGGCAGGAAUUAGCAGCUUAAAGCUUUACAUUCAGUGUCUCCAGUGCAGUUUUGGAGUGCACAGAAAUGCAAACCAGGAGCUUUUAAUUUU